CUACACCCUAUUAUAUUGUCUUCCCCUUUUCUCUCUAUCUCUCGACCAGGACCGCUCCCCACCCCCACCCCAUAUAGCCGGCAAAGCAUCCUUCUCUCCGACGUGAGUGGCGGUGACGGCAUCAGAUCAGCAUUGGCAGUCUCCCAUUCUCUCGACUGGCCAGCGGACCGCGAACAUUGGCCAACCCCGACGACCCUUAGGAAAAGGGGCGUAUCAUCGCGUCGAGCCGAGGCCACGAGGUAGUUGUACCAUCGUCGGUCUACCGCUCCCUCUCCCUCAUUUGGCACCGCAUAACGACUAUUCACCUCGCUGUGCGAGACACGAACAGCACAUAACAAUCUUCACAAUCAUGUCUUUCUUCGCGUCCAAAUCAUCGUCGUCUGGAUGGCGCGCGCCCUCGCUGGCAAAGGCUCUCGGGGCCGCUGUGGCCGCGCUGGGUCUCGCCUCGCUGACCUCGCUGGCACCAGGCGUAGAGGCUGGUCGGGCCGCCGGUCAGUACGAGACUGUACUUGACAACUCGCUGGCGUCGGCCAUGAUGAUGGCCUUGAUCGACGAGAACAAUGUCAUGAUCCUCGACAAGACGGAGGGCAACCGGGCCAGGACGGCUGACAACAAGCCCGUGUGGGGCGCUAUCAUGAGCCUCACGGACAACACACCCCGGGCAUUGGAGCUGAUUUCCAAUCCCUUCUGCGCAUCGGGCUUCACUCUCGGCAAUGGCUCCUGGGUUGUCGUCGGUGGCAACAACCCUGUCGGCUACGGAGGCGCCACUGUGCAACCUACCAACGUCUACGGCGACUAUGACGGCCGCACUGCCAUUCGUAUUAUGGAUCCCAACACGGACUCGUCUAAACUCUUCUGGAACGACAACAGCAGCUUCAUGGACUCGCAGCGCUGGUACCCAGGUGUCGAGGUCCUGGCCGACGGAAGCGCCAUCAUCCUUGGCGGGUCCACCACCGGUGGCUUCAUCAAUCGCAACUACCCAAACGUCGAUCCAGCCUUCUCAACGCAAUCGCAGGGAUCGCUGCAGAACCUUCUCGCAGGCGCUGCGAACCCCACCUGGGAGUUCUUCCCUUCCAAGGGCAACGCGCGUGCCGUCAACAACUUUAUGGUUACCACUAGCGGCCUCAACAUGUAUCCACACAUGUACCUCAUGCCCAGCGGUCUCAUGUUCAUGCAGGCCAACUACAGCACGACACUGUGGAACUACACCAGCGGGGACGAGAACAACGCCUACCACAACCUCGACGACAUGCCUGGUCAAAUCGUCCGUGUCUACCCUGCUUCGGGUGCCACAGCCAUGCUGCCACUCACGCCUGCCAACAAGUACACGCCCACCAUUCUCUUCUGUGGCGGCACCUACAUGACAGAUGAGCAGUGGGGCGACUACACCUCCCCCAAGAUUGAUCCUCAACAGGUGUCUGCUUCAGACGACUGCUCGUCGAUCACGCCCGAGGACGCGGAUGGAAACUUUGUCAGUGGCUCGUACACGACCGAAGACAAGCUGCCCCAGGGCCGCUCGAUGGGCCAGUUCAUCCACCUGCCCGACGGAACAAUGGUUAUCGUCAACGGUGCCGAAAAGGGCGUGGCCGGCUACACCAACCAGAGCUGGAACCUCAUUCCGAUGCCGUACAAUGUCAGCGCCGAAGGCAUGGCCCAGAGCCCAACCUACAUGCCGGUUCUGUACGACCCGAGCCAGCCCAAGGGUUCGCGCAUCUCUCAGAAGGGCUUCCAGAACUCGCCCAUCGCCCGUCUCUACCACUCGAGCGCCAUCCUCAUUCCUGACGGAUCGGUCCUCGUCGCUGGCUCAAACCCGCACCAGGACGUGGCCAUUACGAUGCCCACUGGCACAACGCCCCAGGCGUUCAACACGACGUACGAGGUCGAGAAGUGGUACCCACCGUACUACUUUGAGACGCGCCCCCAGCCCCAGGGUCUUCCAAGCUACCUUCUCUACGGCGGUGACAACUGGAACUUUACCAUGGACAGCACUUUCAUGGGCAGCUCGGCCAACUACAAGGCAGAGAACACCAAGGUCAUGGUCAUCCGGCCUGGCUUCUCAACGCACGCCAUGAACAUGGGCCAGCGCAGCCUUCAGCUUGCUCACACCUACACUGUCAACGACGACGGCAGCGUCAGCUACAUGGUCAACCCCAUGCCACUCAACAAGAACAUCUUUGUUCCUGGUCCCGCGCUGCUCUUCAUCACCAUCGAUGGUGUUCCUAGCAAAGGAGUACAGAUCAUGAUUGGGUCUAAGACCAGUGGCGCCCAAAUCCCACAGAACUUCGCGACAGGCGCCGCCCCCCAGACGCUGCCUGCCGGCGUCAACAACUCCAAGUACACCGCUAUUCCUAGCAAGGACGGCUCGAGCUUUGGCAUUGCCAAGAUUGUUGGCAUUGCAGUCGGUGCUGCUGCCGUCAUUGCCCUGAUCGUCCUGGGCUUGUGCUGCUGGAGGCGGAGGUCUAACAAGGGCCCGCAAAAGGUCGGCGCGCCUUCCACGUCCCACAAUGCCUCGGGAGGAGCCAUGUACGGGAUGGGCAGCUACACAAUGGGAGGAGGAAACGAGUACAAGCGUGUCAACACACCCGUCAUGGGCGUCCACGAGCAAGCAAGGGGCAGCAUGGGCACCUUUGACUCGUACCGGAUGCAGGACGUCAACACGCCUGCCUCGCCCUACUACGACUCGCCCGCCACCACACCGGGGCAGCCGGGAGGCAGGCGAGGAGGACCAUCGCCCCUGGCCCACGGCGGCGAGUACCAGCAACAUGGCUGGGGCGAGCACCAGUCGGGAGGCGAUGUGGGCGAGCAAUACUACAACAACUCUGCCUACACAGACCCGAAUCGAUUCUACGACACGCCUCAGCACGGCUCGAACCACUACAGCUCGCAGGGGUCGUACGGGGGCCGAAACGACUACUUCCGUCAAUGAGCAGAGUCUCUCGGUCUUCAGUCUCUCAUCUCUUUUCUCUUUCUCGGUCUCGGGGACACUGGGUCGAAUCGAAUUGCUGUCUCGUCGCACAACUUCCCCUCCCUUCCUUGGUGGACGGGUUAAUCGUCUCGCAUCAUUGACGCCCACCAGCAUCCAGCAUACACUUCUCACUCCUGUCUACUCUCGUCGUUCGCUCGAUCACUCACGCCACGCUGUCUCUCUAUCUGAUCUUUUCGGUCGCACCACUUUCUCUGUUUCUCUUUCUCACCAUCAUCGUAUCCCCUGUGUCCGCACCCACUCUGCUUGUCCUCUCUUUUCUUAGACUCGCUCCCCACCCACCGCUCGCUCUACUUCUCUUUCACUCUCUUUCAUUCUCUCUUCUCUCUUCUCUCUUGUGGUCCUACUCAAAACGCUUGAAAUUCUAAAUGGACACUUACACCCUCUUUUACUUGCUUUGCAUUC